UUUCUUCUUUCUUUUUUUUUUUUUUUUUUUUUUUUUUUGGGUGGGGAGGGGGAGAGGCGCUGGUGUUUCUCUCUGUCUCGCGUUACCUCGCUCCUACCCUCUGCUUUCUCUCCGCGGGGAAGGACGGGCCGGGGAGCGGAGGCUCUGUGGCGGGGAGCAGAACCCCCCGCCAGCCCCGAGAGGCGAGCGCACCCUUUCCUCUCCAGCGGACACGGCGCCGCCCCUCCCCCGUCAGACACCAAAGAUGCUAACAAGAAAGAUUAAGCUUUGGGACAUUAAUGCCCACAUAACCUGUCGUCUGUGCAAUGGAUACCUGAUUGAUGCUACUACUGUAACAGAAUGCUUGCAUACUUUCUGUAGAAGUUGCCUAGUGAAGUAUUUGGAGGAAAACAACACCUGUCCAACGUGUAGAAUUGUUAUACAUCAGAGCCACCCACUACAGUACAUUGGUCAUGACAGAACAAUGCAAGAUAUUGUUUACAAACUUGUGCCAGGCCUCCAAGAAGCGGAAAUGAAAAAACAAAGGGAGUUUUAUCACAAACUCGGCAUGGAAGUUCCAGGGGACAUCAAAGGGGAGAUGUGUUCUACAAAACAGCACCUAGAUUCCCAUCGAAAUGGUGAAACUAAAACAGAUGAAAAUUCAAACAAAGAAGCAUCUGAGGAAAAGCAGGAAGAAGAUAAUGACUACCACCGAAGUGAUGAACAGGUAAGCAUUUGCUUGGAAUGCAAUAGCAGCAAAUUGCGUGGAUUGAAACGAAAAUGGAUUCGCUGCUCAGCACAAGCGACAGUCUUGCAUCUAAAGAAGUUCAUUGCCAAAAAACUGAACCUUUCUUCUUUUAAUGAGUUGGACAUAUUAUGCAAUGAAGAGAUUCUUGGCAAGGACCACACGCUCAAGUUUGUAGUUGUUACUAGAUGGAGAUUUAAGAAAGCACCUCUACUGCUACAUUACAGACCCAAAAUGGACUUGCUGUAAGAGAACUUUAUUGUCCUUUUGGACAGAGAUUUUUGCAGAGACUAUCAUCUGGCACCUUCUUAGUGCAUCACUAAUCACAUGACACAAACCAGCUGAAUAAUUUUGGAAGACUGUAGUGCUUUCAUAGCGGACUGUCUUUCUGAAUAUUUCUUCUAAGGAUGUGUUACCUAGGUUGCUGGACAGAAAACAUUUAUACCUUUUUUUUGUAUGGAAGAAAGGAGUUGCAACUCAACAAGACACUACCAGCACUAAGUUUACAGAUAUUGAAAACACUUCACAGUUCUAUGUAGCUCAGCCUAAUUUUAUCUCUUACAAUUCUACAGAAAUAAGUUAGGAUGUUGUGGGGUGAUUUAAAAAUGUUGGUUUUACACCAGAUUGCAUUUAGUUACUUUUUACAUUCUGAAUAUUUAAAAGCUAUAUUUUUGCAAAGUGUUACUCUCAUAUAUAGUUUGCCUGAUUGCAUUGGCUUUAUUCAAGUUGUUCUGUAGAGCAUUGAAAAUACGUAAUGAUAUAGUGACUAGUGAUAAUUUAUUAUGCUGCAUUGAAAACUUCUGAAAAUCGGGGAAACAAGUUAAGUUUGUAAUUUUUGCUGAGUUACUUCUCUCCCUCACUUUGUGUUAUUGUAUAAUUUUGAUACUCCCUUAUGCAUGUUGAUUUGAUAAGAUUAAUAGAAGUAAUUUCAGUUGAUUUUAAUGUGCCCUCAUAUUUUGCUCUGGCAUAAAUGGCACCACAUAAUGACAAAUACUCAAAAGUACUAGCUUUGUGGACUUAAAAAAAAAUAAACAUUUCUUAUGUUGUUGUGGCUUGCAGAAAUCAGUUUUUAAUUUAGAGAGAAUUUUCCCUCACUAGGUAUUGAAAUACUGGCUUGUUGGCGACUUUGAGAGAUACUACACAGUUUUCACUUUACUGAUUAAGAAUUCCUCAGAUCAGUAUGAGCAGCUUUGUAUUUCCUAUGCUUCUUUUGUUAUGAAAGCAUGUGAUUUUCUUUAUUGCAGUUCCUUGCUGUUUUGCCUGGGGGAGGUGGGUUGGACAAGAUUAUUUUGGCACCUUCUGGCCUUAACUAAUAGUUAAUACACAUGCAAGUAUAUGUGUGUGCAUAGAUCUGUACACACGUAUCACUAUAAAUGUUACAGAAUCCAUCAGCAGCCCUUAGCUACAGUUCGUGAGGCAUUUUGCAAUAGUUGGCUUCUUUAAAAAAGUACUUAAAAGUGAUUUCUGCAAGCUAUAUACAGUAUAGCAUAUAUAGUAUGAUUGUGAGAGUAUUUGUCUGAAAGAGGUGUCUAUGUAACUAAAAACAGCCUAUGCCAUAUUACUGGCAGCUAGAAAUAGUUACUGUUAUACUUUUUGGAAGAGUUUUCUAGUGAGCUCAAAAUGCUAGUUGCUAAUGCUAAUGCUAAUAUUCUUAUUAUUAAACCCUGUAAUUUUUUUAUAAAUAGCUUUGAAUAAGAAAACAAGUUUGCCUGUAACUGCCCAGCUUACUCUAGCUAUGCUCCUUCCUGUCUUCUGCUAAAAUGUAUUACCUGUUACUUGCUAACAGGAAGCUGAUAAUGCAGAAGGUUUAUCCAAACAUUUUAAUUCCUCUUCCUCUUACUGAGUUUUCGAAGCACCACAUUCCUCAGCAUGUUUCCUUCUUUGGAGUCUUAGUCCUCCUUUCUCAGCUCUGCUGCUGCAGCAGGGAUACUCCAGCUUGUGCUUACCUUAAAAACAGGGUUCCUCAUUUCUAACUCAGUCACAGAUGUGAAUGGCAAGGAAAUCAAAAAGUAUGGGAGCAGACAAUGGAAGGGAGGCUACUGAUCUGUGGAGGUGAAAAAGAGAGCCACACAGAGGCCAGAAAGUGCUACUGUCCUUGCAGAUGUAGGAACAGGGUAGCUGCAUUUGGGUGUUAGGGUUAGGCAAAACCCACGUGGGGCUGCGUCUGGGUGUGGGGUGAAAUCAGUGUGCACACAUAUGGGCAAUGGAAUCGAAUUUGGCUCUGGCUUUGUCUUACUUUUUGUGGACUGAGACUUAUGCAUUUGAGCUUUUUUUCCGUCCUUACCAUUGCUUCAACUGGCAGAAGAGAAGAAAUGAGAUCAUGGCUCUACCAUUUUUAUAACCUUCUCAUGAAACAGUGCGCACAGGUGAUAUGGAUGUGUACACAAACAGACAUUUCUAGAGCUGUUUAUGUGGUUGCUACUGUCCUAAUUUAAAUAAGGGACUGGCUUUAGCCAGUAAAGCACUACAGGGCUGUAGGUGUCCACCCUCUGAGCACCCUCACUACACAGACAUUGGCUGUACCUGAUGUAGACAUAAAAUUAGAACUCCCUGAGAGCAUUUUGGUUAUCCAUCUUAAUUAGCACAUAUAUAUAUAUAUAUAUAUAUACACACACAAGACCAAACAUAUAUAUGUGAGACUUGUCUACCUCAGAAUGUGUGUACUGCAGAAACUUUUUGUACUAGAUACUGAUGUAGUACCGUUUAAGUACAUUAGUACAUUGAGAUUUUAGUAUUUUCCUGUGUAAUUGUGCAUUAGUUACAUGCAAAUUCGGAAGCCUCUCAAAUCUAUCUUUUGCUGUAACAAUCUAUAGUGCAGAAUAUAUAUUUAUAAGAUUAUAACCAUCUUUAGAAUCACUUGAAUUUGUUAUGGUGCUAUAAAUAUAUUGAGAACUCCAUACCUUUAUGGGUACAUAAAUUCAAGCUGGUAUUAAUGCCUACAGCUGUUUUUUGGUGUUUUCUUUAGUUUUUCUUUCCUCAUAAUUGUGUCUAACUGCUUUUACAAUCUGUUUAAUCUGUUAAAACUUCACCAGCAAAAAGAAAAACAAACAAAAACAAACCACAAACCAAACAAACACCAAAUGCAAACCCACCCAGUUAUUUUUCAAAAUCAUGUCAUAUCAUCGUCACUGCAGGAACUUUUUCCUUCAAGGGGGAUGUGACUGUGUCUGUAUCAUAUGUUUGUUAUAUUCAGACUUACUAAAAAACCAUGAAGAAAUUGAAUUGAGGUCAGAGGGAAGACUUGUUUGGGUCAGAGCCAUGUCUCACUUUUUGUGAAGCCUAAGAGACAAUUUAUAUCAAGGAUAUAUUGAGUAAAAUAACUCUGCUGUUCAAAAUUGGAGUAGAAGUUUGACUCAGCAUAGAUAUCUCUUAGUCCUAGUGGUAUUAUGUUAGUUUAUUUUGGGUUUCAUAAUAAUGCCAUUACUGUGAAGUAGUUUUCACAAUGCUUUUGCUGGUAAAUAACUGCAGUAAAGAAUUAUCUUCUUGUGUUAUCCUCAGCUACAAUGAGACUGAUGAAUCACCUGGGCUCAGAGUCUCAGUAAAUAUAGUUUCAUUGAAAAUAGAUACUUCAGAUAGAAUAUAUAAUAUUGACUUUAAAUAAGAUUUGGUGUUUUAAAUUUUAACUUUAUAAAAUUAUUUAUUCUAUUUUAAGCAUUCUCUUCUAUUUUACCAUCCAAGUAUUUUUUCUUUCAGUGGUCCAGCUUUAUUUACGAGCAUAUAAAAUGAAAUUUUAAGAUGUUUUUACAAGCUUCUUCCUUUAACGUUGAGUUUGAAUAGCUUUUAUUUGUAUGUUUUUGUUUUGUGUGGGUAAAGAGCAUUACUUCAGCUUUUGUGCAAUAGGUUUGAAACAUGCAUUUAUUAGGUAUAUGAUUAAAUUGUAAAUGUAGCAUCUACUUACUAUUAAAUUUGAAAGGAAUGUAGAUGGCUUUUCUCACUUGUUAAAAUGAGAUUUUAUUUGGGGAUAUUAUUUAGGGAGGUUGUUUUUUGAGUUAUUCCUUUUUUGUUUUAAGAUGAAAGUGUGGGAUUUAAAUUUGUGUAAGUGCAAGAACUAUCUGUCAGCAAUAUGUUAAAAUAAAUGAUCUUGCAAGAAACCUUAACGUGAAUUGUGGAAGCAAUCAGCAAGACUUGCAGCCUAUCUGAAAAUGGUUUGUGCCAUUGUUAUGUCUGGUAUAUUUGUGUACAUCAAACUUUGAAAUAUUUAUUUUUGUUAGUUGUGCAAUAGUAUACACAACAUUAUCACCUCUGGGGAUAUGGAACCAUAAAAAUAUCAGACUACAGUUAUGAUGGUGCUAUUUUUUUCCAAUAGGCUACAAGCCUUUGAAAGCUUAUCUGGCCCUUAUUGUCUUUAUUAACAGCAUAGUUAGUCCUAGGAGAUUAACAGAGGGUUUUUUUCUACUGGAUGAUAAAUACAACCAUUCAGCUAGUGUAUUUUACAGGAUUAUGCAUCUUACUGUUGAGCUAGAUAUAACAGGAGGAAGCCAACCAGUCUGUACAUCAGCAAGAUGAAUUGUAGUACAUACUUAAAAUGCAUUUUGUACAGAAGAUUUCACUGUACAGAAAAAUCAAAUUUCUGUAUUUCCUCAGGUAAUUCCUUCAGUUUAGAUGUUUCACUGGAAAUGUUAGUGCAACCUACACUUCAGUUAGACUGGCUAAAGGUGAUACUAGGGCAAAAAAUUGUCCCAUACAGUAGAAUGUCUAUGUAAGAUAGAAUUAACUGUAACUAACGUCUUGAGAUUGGUUCUUGAAGUAAAAGGUUGUAGGGGGAGCAACAUUAAGGAACAUGGAAUGAUUUUUCAGUCUCUGCUUUAAUUAAAACUUGUGAUUAAUACAAACUUAUUCUAGGAACACCUUCUAUGUCUUGUGGCAAAUCAACAGGAAUGUUUUACUGUGGAGUUAUAGUUUAUUUAUAUAAAAUCUAAAGCUCUGGUCCUGGUGUUUGAUCCAUGUUUGAUCAUCUUGGAGCUUUUUGAAAAUAAGCAAAGCCACAGUGGCCUGUCCAGAUCCUAGUGGUAGGAUAGGAACAAAAUGUCCACUUCUAUGAACACUUAUGUUGGUAACUUUACCAAUAUCCUGGAUGUUUCCACAGAAACCAGAUGGAUCGUUCAUGUGAAUGGUUAGUUGUGCCUGAAGGAUGGAGCCCUGAUUUUUAUUACUUAUGUUCCAGUUUUUUUGUUUUUGUAGUUUGUUUUUUUUUUUAAAUUUACUUUAUUUACCAACUUAGAGCAUUGCUUUAAUGGAAUUUUGAAUUCAAGUGACUUAUCUGGACAAAAAAAAAAAAAGCUUGUUCUUUCCUUCUGCAACAAUACUAUUUUAUGGUUAAGGGACAAUAAGCCAGUGAAACCACUAAGCCCUUAUGCUCCUAUGUGGCACAAUAAAGAUUCUGGAACUGUCACAGUGUAAAACCAUAUUUUUGGCUUAGCUUCAUUUGAAAGUUUACAGUUUUUUAUGCUUUGUGUUGCUGUGUAAUUUUUGUACUAUUGGUGGCUAGUUUUGUCUGAAUAAGCCUUUUCGGAUUAUUGCUUAAUGUUUUGAUUUUAUGAUAGUGGGGCUUGUAUCCAGUGUUUUGCCAAUUAAUAUUAUAUGCUUGUUAAUAAAAGCAGAGAAACUAACUGAAAAA